AAAAUCGAGCAAAUCCGGGCGCUGUUCAGGUGUGACUGCAAGAAGUUCUGGGCCAACGGAUGGAUCUGCUCGCAUGUCGUAGCGGCGAUGGCACGAAAGAAGCAGUUCGUCUUGAGUGUGGUCAUGGCAACUUUGCCGACAACUAUGCUGAGCGGAGGACAGCGCAAGAUUCCAGGCGUAUUGUACGCUGAUGAUCCGAACAACCGUACGCUCACAGUGCCCUCACUGAUCAGGCGUAUGAUGAAGCAGCCUCAUUUUUAUUACCCCCACGGAUGGAAGAUUGCAAAAGAGAUGACCAUGGAGAUCAACGGGGAAGAGGAGGAACUGUUUGCAGUGGGGAAAAUCCGAUCUUACUCGCAAAACGGAGGCAUCUACAAAUGGCUGGUCGUCUUCGAACAUGGCGUCAACGAGUUUUUCGAAUGCGAAGAACUCGCACAGCUCAUCGUGUCUUCUAGGCAAUCGGGGCUGGAUGUU